AUGUCCACAUCCGCAAGCGCAAUAUGGCAAAGAAUUCAAAUCAGCACAGAAGCUGAGCAAGAAUUCAAGUUCAUUGACGAGGUAGCGAAACUGUGGAACCUCAAGAUACAUGUGCAAUCAACCCCUCCCUUGAUCAGCUCGAACAGUUCAACCCCUAUGCCCGACUGGAUCACGGACAGGAAUGAGAGCGCUGUCGAGACGCCGCCGUCAUCUGUGUACACUGAUACAACCGAGAACAUCGACCCUUUACUACUCGCCUCUACCGCCACGCCAGAUCAGACGACGAUACAUGAUUUUAUCGAUGGGGAUGAUUUCAUUGGUAUCAAUGAAGGGAAACGCCAUCUGUUGGAAGUGGAUUUUUCAGUCGAGGACGCGGCUGUGAUUCAGAAACGCUUCGUUACGGAGGAGACUAUUAGUGAAGGAAACUUCUCUAGUGUCACGGCUGCCAUGCUUGUCGGCCGCUAG